UUUUAAACAUGACUAGUAAUCGACUCCGAAAUUCGUCUCCCACAGAGAGGGGUGUUUUAGCAGCGAGGGAGCUUUUGCUGGCGCAAAUGCCGUGUUACUUUGGAAUGCAAGACGCAUUAACGAACCCAGGCGAACUCCCUGAGACUUGCCCCCUCUGCUGGGAACUACUAGGCCCUAUGGCCUCAUAUCGUCUACUUCCAUGUGGUCACAUAUUUCAUCUGCCAUGCAUUGACUUUUGGCUCUGCAGUCAAGACACUCGCUGUCCACUUUGUUGUCGAUCUUUCUACUAUUUACGAAGACCACGGGCUACGUAUAUCGCCAUAAAACCUUCCGCUACCUGGAAAAUGCUCGGAAUUAAGAGUUUACUAAAGUCUUUGAAAGCACGAUGUAGGAGGACUAUAUUGUAUCAUUGGGAAGCUAGGGCCCGUUUAUAAUUUUUGAAAGCAACCGAAGGACUUUGUAUUGAUACAUAUGUUAAAUAACUUAAUCGUGAGCGAGUGAUGAUUAACAAGAUAUGCAAUGCUAGUUAUACAGGUAGAAUCACUACUUUUUUGCCAGGC